AUGAAAGAACAUAAAGAUCACGUAGUGGUGAUCACCUACGGACCAUCGUCGGAGGGUUCAGUGACGGCAUCGCCAAUCUCUCAUCAAACGCCAGCAGUUCCGACGCCGUCUUUGUUUGCAUAUUCCGUAACGCCGUCAGGAUUCAGCUCACGGCGAGAGUCGGUUCAUGUUCCCGGUUUGGUGCUCCGGUUUAUAACUUUGGUUCUCUGUUUUGUCUCUGCUCUUUCGCUGGCAGUGAAUGUUAAUCGGCCUUCACUGAGACAUCAUCGGACACAGAGCUCCUCGAGUUUCGCUUCAUAUCCUGAACUAUUGUAA